GCGGCGGGCGGCGGCGGGCGCGGGCUCCCCUGACGGCGCCGCCAUGUUGGUGAGGGCGGUAACGGCGCCGGGGCUCCGCCGCCUGUGCCGGGGCGGGCGGGGCUCUCCCGCCGCCUGCUUCCCGCCGGGCCGGGCGCUGCUGGGCGUGCGUGGCGCCGAGGCCGCCGCGCUCCUGCAGGGGCUGCUCACCAAUGACGUCACGCAGCUGGCGGGGGGGGCGGCGGGCGGGGCCCCCCCCGCGAUGUACGCGCACGCGCUGAACGUGCAGGGCCGCUGCCUGUAUGACGUCAUCCUGUACAGGCUCCACGGGAGCGCGGGAGAGGAGCCUCACAUCCUGCUGGAGUGCGACAGCAGCGUCCUGGAGCCCCUCCAGAAACACCUGAAGCUGUACAAGAUCCGCAGGAAAGUCGACAUCGCCCCUUGCCCUGACCUCUCCCUGUGGGCUGUCAUCCCCGGGGAAGGGGCUGGAGAUGCCUCCGGCUCCCUCCCAAAACGUGCAGGCCAGGCUGUGCUCCUCACUCCCGACCCCAGGGCGGGAGUCAUGGGCUGGAGGCUGAUCACAAAGAAAGGAGCCAACCCGUCGGAGAUCAUCCCCGGGAGCCGCGUUGGGGACGUUCAGGAUUACCACAGGCACAGGUACAAGCAAGGAAUUCCUGAAGGUGUGAAGGAUCUCCCUCCUGGGGUCGCCCUCCCUCUGGAAUCCAACCUGGCCUACAUGAACGGCAUCAGCUUCACCAAGGGCUGCUACAUCGGGCAGGAGCUGACGGCCAGGACACACCACAUGGGCGUCAUCCGCAAGCGCCUGCUCCCCGUCUCCUUCUUGGCUCCGCUCCCCAGAGACGGCAUUCCCGAGGGCGCCGAGAUCCUCACCGAGUCGGGAAAGGCGGCCGGGAGGUUCCGGGCUGGAGGAGGUGACCUCGGGAUAGCCCUGCUGAGGUUGGCUCACCUAAACGAGCCGCUCUGCAUAAACGUGGGAGGGGACAGAGUGCGGCUCAGCGCGAGCACGCCCGAGUGGUGGCCCAAAACUGCUGCUAAGUAGGUGAGGAGCCGCCUGUUUGCCUUACGGGGGAUGUUGAUUUGUGGGAGAAGUUCGGCCUGCGGCUGGUGGUGGUGGUGUUGGAUGGAAGGGGCGUUACAGGAUGCGUCGAAUCUGGACUGAACAGCGGGAACCCAAAGCUGCGAGGUCUGAUCAACCUCUGAGCGUUGUGGAGAGAGAGACACAGGGAAGUGCACCUUUUCCUGGGGGUAAUCCCUGCUUAUUUAGGGGUUGCCACGUGUUGUUGGGUUGGGCUGUGAGUGGAUUUUGAGUCUGGCCCUCCACCAGCCUGUGCUGCGUGCGGGAUGUGGGGCGCGUUCCCGCUGAACUGAGCGGUGGGAGCAGGAGAUUCCCCGUUCCACGCACGGAGUGUUUCCGUUCAGAAUAACCAUUUUGUGAUAUUAUUAUGAUUUUUUUUGUUUUCUUCUUUUGAGUGGAGAUCAUGCUGCUCUUACAUAUAUUCUCAGGCUAAAAGCGUUUACUGCAAAUUACUCCUUGCGUUGAGCUGCUCAAACUCACUGAUGGGUGUGGGUGUUUCUCCCCACCGCUGGAAUUGUGUUCAGGAAGAGGAAAACCUUGUACUUCACAUUUGAGGCCUUGAGUUUUAAGUUGGCGUUUCUUUGCUUCGUUUUUUUUCCGGCCCCCAACGCUCUUCUGCCUUCCCAAUUUUCCCUGCUCCUGCAGUCAGCAUAUUCCUCUUUGCUUCCAAAGCCAAAACCAGCUCUGUGCCUCCUACCCCUGUCAACCUGCAGUGUUGAUUUACAGGAGCCCUUUCUAUUUUUGUAUUACAAUAAAUCCAUUGCACAAGGGCAUGAUGAGAGAGGUGCCCAGGUCUCCCCACCCCCAACAUUUUGACCAAAAAAACCCCAACCUGUUGCAUGAAUAUUUGUAGCAAAACCCGUCCAAAGCACAUUCUGCCACUGUUUCAGUGUUACUGUGAAAGGAAGUUGUCUGUGAAAAAUUCUCGUAUUGAUUAAAACUCUGUGGUUGCUGUAAGAUGAAUAUGUGGAAUAUCUUGUUAAUUAUAUCUAAUUUAAAAAUUGUUUAUCCGAAGGAGAAGAGAUGAUGCCUUUCAUUUGCCUGGGGUGAAGACACACAACAGGACAAAUACUUUUUCAGGUUGCUUGCUGACAAGAAAAACACUUCAGACUGUUGGUCAGGUUGGGGAUUGUUAUCAGAGCCAUUCUGCUGGAAAAAAAAUAAAUGAAACUGGAUCCUCCAAGUGCCACAAAGGCGAGGCUGUGCUGCUCGCUGAUGCUGCUUUGCCAGAAGCAGCUUUUCCUCUCUGCCACCCAUUGUGCAAAGUCUCCACAGAAUAGUUUUAUUGUCCCAGUGUGAGCAGAGCCCGAAUAAACACUGAAUAAACUCCUCUGUUUGGGGAAGCCCUGAA